CUCUCCACAUACAGAAGGCAGCUCCGCCUGAUGGACGGGGGCAGUCACUGUGCAGGGAGAGUGGAGAUCCUGCAGCAGGGCUCCUGGGGCUCCAUCUGUGAUGACAGCUGGGACCUGAGUGAUGCCCACGUGGUGUGCAGACAGCUGGGCUGUGGAGUGGCCCUGGAGGCCACCAUCUCUGCUCACUUUGGAGAGGGAUCAGGGCCCAUCUGGCUGGAUGAGCUGAAUUGUACAGGAGAGGAGGCCCACGUGUGGCAGUGCCCUUCUCAGGGCUGGGGGCAGCACAACUGCAGACACAAGGAAGAUGCUGGGGUCAUCUGCUCAGACUUCCUGGCCCUCAGGCUGGUGAGCGAGGACCAGGAGUGUGCUGGGUGGCUGGAGGUUUUCUACAACAACACCUGGGGCAGUGUCUGCCACAGCCCCAUGGAAGCUGUGACCUUGUCUGUGAUCUGCAGACAGCUUGGCUGUGGGGACACUGGGACUCUCAACACUUCUGUUCCUCUCAGAGAAGGUUCUAGACCUCAUUGGGUGGAUGGAAUCCAGUGUAGGAAAAUGGACACCUCUCUCUGGCAGUGUCCUUCUGACCCCUGGAAACAGAGAUCUUGCUCUGCAAAGGAGGAAGCUUAUAUUGUGUGUUCAGAUAAACUUUGCCUGGUGGAUGGAGGCAGUCGCUGUGCAGGCAGAGUGGAGAUUCUUCAUCAGCAUUCCUGGGGCACUGUCUGUGACUACAGCUGGGACCUGAACGAUGCCCAUGUGGUGUGUAGACAAAUGGGCUGUAGAGUGGCCCUAAAUGCUGUGUACGAGGCACUCUUUGGGGAAGGAACAGGGCCCAUCUGGAUGGAUGACCUGAAGUGCACAGGCGAGGAGUCCCAUGUGUGGAAAUGCCCUUUUCUAGGCUGGGGACAAAACUACUGCACACACAAGUUGGAUGCAGGUGUCAUUUGCUCAGGAUUUGUGCAUCUGGUUGGAGGACAUGGACCCUGCUCUGGGCGAGUGGAAGUGAAUUCUGGAGGAGAGUGGAUUCCAGUAUCUGAUGGGAAUUUCACAUUUUCCACAGCCCAGGUCAUCUUUGCAGAGCUGGGGUGUGGCAAGGUUGCAUUUGUCCUGGGGAACCUGCCCUUCAGAGAUCCUGGUGAACAGGUCUGGGCUGAAGAGUUCCAGUGUGAGGGGCAGGAACCUGGGCUCUGGUUCUGCCCCAGAGUGUCCUGUCCUGGAGGCAGCUGCCUACACAGAGGGGCUGUGCAAGUUGUCUGCUCAGGAUAUACAGAUGUUCGGCUCAUGAAAAAUGGCAGCUCUCAGUGUGAGGGUCAAGUGGAGAUGAAGACCUCUGGAGGCUGGAGAACACUCUGUGCCUCCCACUGGAAUAUGGCCAAUGCCAAUGUAGUUUGCCGUCAACUGGGCUGUGGAGUAGCCGUCUCCACGCCAAAGGGAGCGUACUUUGUGGAAGGAGGAGAUGAGAUCUGGAGAGACCAAUUCCACUGCUCAGGGUCUGAGUCCUUCCUGUGGAAUUGCCCUGUGACUGCCCUGGGUGUUCCUGCCUGCGCCCAUGGAAACACAGCCUCUGUGGUCUGUUCAGGAAACCAGACCCAGCUGCUGCCCCAGUGCAAUGACUCCUGGUCUGACCCAGCAGGCUCUGCAGCCUCAGAGGGCCACACUGCCAACUGCUCAGACAGCAGACAGCUCCGCCUGGUGGAUGGGGGCAGUCACUGUGCAGGGAGAGUGGAGAUCCUGCAGCAGGGCUCCUGGGGCUCCAUCUGUGAUGACAGCUGGGACCUGAGUGAUGCCCAUGUGGUGUGCAGACAGCUGGGCUGUGGAGUGGCCCUGGAGGCCACCGUCUYUGCUCACUUUGGAGAGGGAUCAGGGCCCAUCUGGCUGGACGAGCUGAACUGCACAGGAGAGGAGGCCCAUGUGUGGCAGUGCCCUUCCCAGGACUGGGGGCAGCACAACUGCAGUCACAAGGAGGAUGCUGGGGUCAUCUGCUCAGAGUUCCUGGACCUCAGGCUGGUGAGCAAGGACCAGGAGUGUGCUGGGUGGCUGGAGGUUUUCUACAACAACACCUGGGGCAGCAUCUGCAACAGCCCUAUGGAACCCAUGACUUUGUCCAUGAUCUGCAGACAGCUUGGCUGUGGGGACACUGGGACCCUAGAUUUCUUGRUUCCUCCCAGGGAAGGUUCUAGWCCCCGAUGGGUGGAUAAAAUCCACUGUCGGGAAACUGAUACCUCUCUCUGGCAGUGUCCUUCUGACCCCUGGAAACACCAAUCUUGCUCUGCAAAGGAGGAAGCUCAUAUCACAUGUACAGAGACUCCACAGGUCCGCCUGGUAAAUGGUGGCAGUCGCUGUGCAGGCAGAGUGGAGAUCCUUCAUCAGCAUUCCUGGGGCACUGUCUGUGACUACCGCUGGGACCUGAAUGAUGCCCACGUGGUGUGCAGACAAAUGGGCUGUGGAGUGGCCCUCGAUGCCAUGUACUAUGCACAAUUUGGGGAGGGAUCGGGGCCCAUCUGGCUGGACGAACUGAAGUGCACAGGAGAGGAGGACCAAGUGUGGGAGUGUCCUUCUCUAGGCUGGGGACAUCACUACUGCACACACAAGUGGGAUGCAGGUGUCAUCUGCUCAGGAUUUGUGCGGUUGGAUAGAGGAGGUGCACCUUGCUCUGGAUGAGUGGAAGUGAAUUCUGGAGGAGGAUGGACUCCAGUACCUUAUGGGAAUUUCACACUACCCACUGCCCAGGUCAUCUGUGCAGAGCUGGGGUGUGGCAAGGCAGCAUCUUUUCUCUUGGACCUGCCCCUCAGAGAGGCCAGUGAACAGGUCUGGGAUGAAGAGUUCCAGUGUAAGGGAUGGGAGUCUGAGCUCUGGUUCUGCCCCAGAGUGCCCUGUCCUGCAGGCAGCUGCCCCCACGGAGGGGCUGUGCAAGUUGUCUGCUCAGAGUACACAGAAGUCAGGCUCAUGAAAAAUGGCAGCUCUCAGUGUGAGGGUCAAGUGGAAAUGAAGACCUCUGGAGGCUGGAGAACACUCUGUGCCUCCCACUGGAAUAUGGCCAAUGCCAAUGUUGUUUGCCGUCAGCUGGGCUGUGGAGUCGCCAUCUCCACCCCAAAGGGAGCAUACUUUAUGGAAGGAGAAGAUGAGACCUGGAGAGACAGAUUUCACUGCUCAGGGUCUGAGUCCUUCCUGUGGAAUUGCCCUGUGACUGCGCUGGGUGUUCCUGCCUGUGCCCAUGGAAACACAGCCUCUGUGGUCUGCUCAGGUAGCCAGAUCCAGCUGCUGCCCCAGUGCAAUAACUCCUGGUCUGACCCAGCAGGCUCUGUAGACACAAAAGGGCACACUCUCAACUGCUCAGAAAGAAGGCAGCUCCGCCUGGUGGACGGGGGCAGUCACUGUGCAGGGAGAGUGGAGAUCCUGCAGCAGGGCUCCUGGGGCUCCAUCUGUGAUGACAGCUGGGACCUGAGUGAUGCCCAUGUGGUGUGCAGACAGCUGGGCUGUGGAGUGGCCCUGGAGGCCACCAUCUCUGCUCACUUUGGAGAGGGACCAGGGCCCAUCUGGCUGGAUGAGCUGAAUUGUACAGGAGAGGAGACUCAUGUGUGGCAGUGCCCUUCCCAGGGCUGGGGGCAGCACAACUGCAGGCAUAAGGAAGACGCUGGGGUCAUCUGCUCAGAGUUCCUGGCCCUCAGGUUGGUGAGCGAGGACCAGGAGUGUGCUGGGUGGCUGGAGGUUUUCUACAACAACACCUGGGGCAGUGUCUGCCACAGCCCCAUGGAAGCUGUGACCUUGUCUGUGAUCUGCAGACAGCUUGGCUGUGGGGACACUGGGASUCUCAACWCUUCUSUUSCUCUCAGAGAAGGUUCYAGACCUCRUUGGGUGGAUGGAAUCCAGUGUAGGAAAAUGGACACCUCUCUCUGGCAGUGUCCUUCUGACCCCUGGAAACAGAGAUCUUGCUCUGCAAAGGAGGAAGCGUAUAUCACAUGUUCAGGAAACAGACCCAAGAGCUGUCCAGCCACUGCGCCUUGCACAGACAAAGAGAAGCUCCGACUCAGGGGAGGAGACAGUGAGUGCUCAGGGCGAGUGGAGGUUUGACAUGAAGGCGCCUGGGGCACUGUGUGCGAUGACUCCUGGAGCCUGGCAGAGGCUGAGGUGGUGUGUCAGCAGCUGGGCUGUGGCUCUGCCCUGGAUGCCCCAGAGAAGGCUGCAUUUGGCCCUGGAAAUGGAAGCAUCUGGCUGGAUGAGGUGCAGUGCAGGGGCAGGGAGCCCUCCCUGUGGGUCUGUGCUGCAGCACCCUGGGGACAGAGUGACUGCAAGCAUGAGGAGGACGCUGGUGUGAGGUGCUCAGGAUCUAGGACUCAUGGCUCUUUUUCUACUUCAGGCACCAGUUCAGCCUCAGCUCCUGUCCCUGGCAUCUUCUCCUUACCUGGGAUCCUCUGCAUGAUCCUGGGAGCCCUUCUAUUUUUGGUUCUCAUCAUCCUGGGAACUAAGCUGCUCAGAAGGAGAGCACAGCGCCAAGCCUUAUCCACUUUCGAAGACACUGUUGAUGAGGUCCUGUACCAGGAGAUCGAUUACCCAAUAAACCCAGAGAAGGAGAGCCUGCUGAACAUCCAAGAACCUCAAGGACAGCAUGCAGUUGCCACAAGCAGUGGUUGUGAUGAAGUUGAAGAGGUACCUGUUCCUGAAGUUCCUUCUUCCUUUGGAAUGAAAGAUAAGAACUUUUUCACAGAAGAUGAAGGUGGUGCCAGGGGUUCUCAGACAG